AGAGAAAGAGAGAUUGAGAGGUGGAGAGAGGAGAGUUGGAUGGAAAGAGGAGCAAGGAUGAGGUAGUGAGGGUAGGGGAAGAUGACAUUGGAUGGAUGGUUCCUUUAUCUCCUGUGGGGUAAGGGGAGGGGGAGGGGUGUUGUUUUGUUGUCGUUGUCGUUGUCGUCUUGCGGAGAUGUGGAAUCUGGGGUCGGUUUUGGGGAGUGCAGGUUUGGUUUGCUGGGGGGUUGUUGACGGGGCUGUGAGUGUGAUAGUACCGCGGUGGGAUGGCGUGGGUCUUGGUUUGGAUGAUGACCCAUAUUGAAACUGAAAAGACCUGAGGAGACCCCCCUUCACUUUAUCGUCAUUUGCACCUUGACUGUUUUGUCAUUGGCUAACUUGGGAAAUAGUGUUUUAUUGGUGUGAUCCCAUC